CUAAAACUAGUGAUUAUCACCAUUAAUACUAUUAUCAUCCUGCCCGAGAUUUUCGUUCACGCAGAUCCUCCUCAAGAUCCCGUUAACUGUCCUUCAAACCACAAUUGCACCGUGACCAACGCCUACGGAACAUUCCCCGACAGAACAAUCUGUCGGGUUGCUGACGUGGCGUACCCUACAACCGAGGAAGAGCUAGUCUCGGUUGUAGCAGAAGCUUCUAAGAAUGGUCGUAAAAUGAGAGUUGCGACACCAACUUCACACAGCAUACCGAAGCUGGCGUGUCCCGAUGAUGGGGAUGGAGGGCUUUUGAUUAGUACGAGGUUUCUAAAUAAGAUAAUUGAGGUGGACCGAAAUAGAAUGAUUUUGACUGCGGAGAGUGGGGUAAGGUUAAAAGAGUUGAUAAGUGAGGCAGCUAGGUUUGGACUUGCGUUGCCUUAUAGUCCUUAUUGGUUGGGGGUCACGGUUGGUGGGAUGUUGGGGACCGGUGCACACGGAAGCUCGCUAUGGGGUCGAGGGGGUGCGGUUCAUGACCAUGUUGUCGGUCUUCGUAUUGUAACCACGGCUGGACCGGGAGAAGGGUUUGCGAAGGUCCGAAAUCUUGUGUCGAACGCGGAUGAUAGUAAUAAUAAUAGUGCAAAUGGCUUUGAUGCGGCUAGAACUUCUAUAGGUGUUCUUGGAGUUAUUUCACAGGUAACAUUUCAACUGCAACCAAUGUUCAAAAGGUCAAUAACCUACCAAAUGAAGGAUGACAAAGACUUAGGGCAACAAAUUGUCAAUUUUGGACAUCAACACGAGUUUGCAGAUCUAACAUGGCUUCCCGUUCAACGAAAGGUUGUGUAUCGCCUUGAUGAUAGAGUCUCGUCUAAUGUCUCUGGCAAUGGACUUUACAAUUACAUCGUUUUUCGCCCCACUCCUUUGGCCUUAACCGCCUCUAUCAGAAUUUCAGAGGAAAUGCAAGAGUCGUUGGGAGAUGCCAAUGGGAAAUGCUUGGAAGGGAAAGCUUCUACCUCAGCUCUCUUCCUUGGUGCCUAUGGUUUGACUAAUGAUGGUAACUACAUUAAAGAAAAAAAAAAACAUUUGGUUUGGUUUUGUUAAUGUUAAAAAAUCUAAUUUCAGUCAUGAUAUAAAACAGGCAUUCUUAUGAAGGGUUAUCCAGUAAUAGGUUAUCAAAACCGGAUGCAGGCGUCUGGUGGCUGCCUAGACGAACCUGGCGAUUUUAAGUUGACGACUUGCCCAUGGGAUCCUCGUAUAAAGGGUUUGUUCUUCUUCGAUCUUGGAAUUAGCAUUGGCAUGUCCAAAGUAAAAGACUUCAUUCAUGACAUCCAAAACCUAGUGGAGCUCGAGCCUAAGGCCCUUUGUGUCCUAGAGCUCUACAAUGGCAUCCUCAUGCGCUACGUCAAAGCUUCGACCUCUUACCUAGGAAAAGACGAGGAUGGAGUCGAAUUCGACAUAAUUUUUUAUAGGAGCAAGGACCCGAAGACACCUAGGCUGUUUGAGGAUGUGUUGGAAGAGGUUGAACAAAUGGCACUAUUCAAGUAUGGGGGAAUGCCACAUUGGGGAAAGAACCGACCCAUCGCAUUCAUUGAUGUCAUUAGCAAGUAUAAGAAUGCAUCUGCGUUCUUGGCCGUCAAGCAAGAGUGGGAUCCAUUAGGGCUUUUCUCUAACGAGUGGACAGACCGAGUGUUGAAGGGAGGCGAUCAUGUGUCGAUAGUUAGUGAAGGUUGUGCCCUAGAAGGGUUGUGUAUAUGUUCCGAGGAUAUUCAUUGCGCUCCUAAGUCGGGGUACUAUUGUCGUCCCGGAAGGAUCUACAAGGAGGCUAGGGUUUGCCGUAAAAUAUAGGUAUAAAUUAUAUG